AUGUCUUUACAAAGGCUCAUGCAACAGAGAAGCAAUGGCAAUUUGUUGGACUACUGCGCUGGUCCAGUGUACAGCUCUUACCCCACACUCACAGGCAGCCUUACAAUGGACGAUAACAGGAGGAUUCAAAUGCUGGCAGACACCGUGGCUACUUUGCCCCGGGGACGAAAGCAGCUUGCUUUGACCAGAUCAAGUUCUUUAAGUGACUUUUCCUGGUCUCAAAGAAAGCUUGUUACUGUGGAAAAGCAGGAUAAUGGAACAUUUGGAUUUGAAAUUCAGACUUAUAGGCUCCAGAACCAGAACACCUGCUCCUCGGAAAUGUGCACUUUGAUCUGCAAGGUAGAAGAGGACAGCCCGGCUCACUGUGCCGGCCUGCAAGCUGGUGAUGUCCUUGCAAAUAUCAAUGGCGUCAGCACAGAAGGUUUUACUCACAAACAAGUGGUCGACCUGAUCAGAUCGUCAGGAAACCUGCUAACGAUAGAGACUCUUAAUGGAACAACUAUUCUCAAAAGAACAGAGCUUGAAGCAAAGCUGCAGGCUUUAAAGCAAACUUUGAAGAAAAAAUGGGUGGAGUACAGAUCUCUGCAGUUACAGGAACAGCGCCUGCUUCAUGGUGAUGCAGCUAAUUCCCCAAGCUUGGAAAACACAGACGCGGAUGAUUUGUCUUUGUUUGGAACCCUGCCUGGGCCAGCCCCAGCCCUUAUGGACCGGAAUCGAUUGUCCAGUGAGAGCAGCUGUAAGAGCUGGCUGAGCUCCAUGACGAUGGACAGCGAGGAUGGCUACCAGACAUCUGUGUCCGAGGACUGGAGCAAGGGCACCUUCAGCCGGCAAACGAGCACAGACGAUGAGUGCUUUGUCCCCAAGGAUGGGGAAGACUUUCUGAGGAGGUCUUCUUUGAGCAGGAACCGCAGCAUCAGUACCACCAGCAGUGGGUCCAUGUCCCCCUUGUGGGAGGGCAACUUCUCAAGCAUGUUUGGGACCCUGCCCCGAAAGAGCAAAAGGGGAAGCGUCCGGAAGCAACUGUUGAAAUUCAUCCCUGGUCUUCAUCGUGCCGUGGAAGAGGAAGAGAGUCGCUUUUGA